AUGCUGGGGAAUCAAUCCGCAGAGUUUAGCGAGAACGGGGGAAAUUCGACUAGCAGAGAACUAUGCGCAAAUGGGAUUUGCAUGAAAACAUCUGAGGUCGAAGCAAAGCUUGAUGAAGGAAACAUCCAAGAAGCUGAAUCUUCUUUGAGAGAAGGCUUAUCUCUCAAUUUCGAGGAAGCAAGAGCACUUCUUGGAAGAUUAGAAUACCAAAGAGGGAAUGUAGAAGGCGCGCUUCGUGUCUUUGAAGGCAUUGAUCUUCAAGCAGCGAUCCAGAGAUUACAGGUUCCGGUUCCGCCUGAGAAACCGGCUACUAAGAAAAACCGUCCCCGUGAUCCAAAUCCGCAGCAAUCGGUCUCUCAGCAUGCUGCUAGCUUAGUUCUUGAAGCUAUCUACUUGAAAGCCAAAUCACUUCAAAAGCUUGGGAGAAUAACCGAGGCUGCAAGAGAAUGCAAAAGUGUUCUUGAUUCCAUCGAGAAAAUAUUCCAGCAAGGGAUACCGGAUGCUCAGGUGGACACCAGGCUUCAAGAAACCGUUAGCCACGCCGUGGAGUUACUUCCGGCGCUGUGGAAAGAAUCCGGUGAAUAUCAAGAAGCGAUAUCUGCUUAUAGACGAGCGCUUUUAAGCCAGUGGAACCUCGAUAACGACUCUUGCGCGAGGAUUCAGAAAGAUUUUGCAGUCUUUCUUCUACAUUCUGGAGUCGAGGCGAGUCCUCCGAGCUUAGGCUCUCAGAUAGAAGGCUCCUACAUACCUAGGAACAACCUGGAAGAAGCCAUUCUUCUUCUGAUGAUUCUUGUAAAGAAGUUCAACCUCGGGAAAGCGAAAUGGGAUCCGUCUGUGAUCGAACACCUCACCUUUGGGUUGUCUUUGUGUAGCCAGACCUCUGUUCUCGCCAAGCAGCUCGAAGAAGUGAUGCCUGGUGUGUUUAGCCGCGUCGAGCGUUGGAACAAUCUGGCUCUCUCUUAUAGCGCAGCGGGUCAAACAAGUGCUGCGGUUAACCUUCUCAGAAAGUCUCUGCAUAAACACGAGCAGCCUGAUGACCUCGUGGCGCUUUUGUUAGCCGCUAAGCUUUGCAGCGAAGAGCCUUCUUUAGCUGCAGAAGGUUCGGGUUACGCGCAGAGAGCGAUAAACAAUGCUCAAGGGAUGGAUGAGCAUUUGAAAGGGGUUGGUUUGAGGAUGUUAGGGCUUUGUUUAGGGAAGCAAGCGAAAGUUCCGACGUCGGAUUUCGAAAGAUCUCGGCUUCAGUCAGAAGCGUUGAAAGCAUUAGAUGGAGCUAUAGCCUUUGAGCACAACAACCCUGAUUUGAUCUUUGAGUUAGGUGUUCAGUACGCUGAGCAACGGAACUUGAAGGCUGCUUCUCGUUACGCCAAGGAGUUCAUCGAUGCAACGGGAGGUUCGGUGUUAAAAGGAUGGAGGUUUCUCGCGCUUGUUUUGUCGGCUCAGCAACGGUUCUCAGAAGCUGAGGUUGUGAUGGAUGCUGCUUUAGAUGAAACAGCAAAGUGGGACCAAGGUCCUUUGUUAAGACUUAAAGCAAAGCUGAAAAUCUCUCAGUCGAAUCCAACGGAAGCCGUUGAGACUUACCGUUACCUUUUAGCGUUGGUUCAAGCGCAAAGGAAAUCUUUCGGACCUCUCAGAACUCUCUCUCAGAUGGAGGAAGACAAAGUGAAUGAGUUUGAAGUGUGGCAUGGCUUAGCUUAUCUUUACUCAAGCAUUUCGCAUUGGAACGACGUAGAAGUCUGUCGAAUGUGGGAAGGACGAAAGGAGUUUAAACCGGCUUUAGCGGCUUUCUUGGACGGUUUGUUACUAGACGGUUCAUCGGUUCCUUGCAAAGUAGCGGUUGGAGCGUUGCUGUCGGAAAGAGGGAAAGAUCAUCAGCCAACGCUUCCUGUCGCGAGAAGCUUGCUGUCUGAUGCAUUGAGGAUUGAUCCGACGAACCGAAAAGCUUGGUAUUACUUAGGAAUGGUUCACAAGCACGACGGACGUAUCGCCGAUGCUACCGAUUGCUUCCAAGCUGCUUCCAUGCUUGAAGAAUCUGAUCCUAUUGAAAGCUUCUCAACCAUUCUUUGA